GUUUUUAGUCACGAAAGAAUGUGGUUGUUUUUAAAUUGUGCACAGUCGUUGAGUUUUCUUGGAAAGUAAAGGCAAGACCUAUUUCUAAUCCUCUAGUAACAAAGCGCAGUGUGGCACGACUCUAAGUAAAAAAUAUAACAGCUCUCGUAGGUGAUGAAACGAGGCAGUUUCAGGCGGAAAACCUUCAGUUGCUCUCAGACCGCGACCAGUAGCAAACGUCAAGGAAAAUGUCGCUAAUACAUACGUUAGCGACUAUCACGCUUUUAGUGUUAGCUCCUUGUAUUAACGGACGAUGGGUCGACGUUAAAUCUGGGGAUUCAGAAAAGCAGCUGUUCCUAAGUCGAAGAGUUGUGACAGAAUCUGCGGAGUUUGAUGGUGGUGUACUGGUCGACGAGAAAGGAAAAAUCGAAGGAGUUUUCACUCGUAACGCAGUAGACACAUUCCUUACAUCUAAAACUAGUAAUGUUAAGAUUAUAGAUGGUGGGGACCUGGCACUUAUGGCGGGCGUGGUGGAUUCGCACGUACAUGUUAACGAGCCCGGCCGCACCUCCUGGGAAGGCUACGUAACGGCAACGCAGGCAGCCGCCGCUGGGGGCAUCACUACAGUCAUCGAUAUGCCACUUAAUUCGAUACCGCCGACUACAACACUAGAAAAUUUGAGGGUAAAAGCUUCAGCUGCGAGGGAAGAAGUAUUCGUUGAUGUUGGCUUCUGGGGAGGCAUUGUCCCUGGCAAUGAGAUGGAGCUACAUGAUAUGAUAAGGGCUGGAGUAGUUGGCUUUAAAGGUUUCUUAGCCGACAGUGGAGUAGCCGAAUUCCCUAAUGUCAAUCAAAUCGAAUUAGGAACUAUCUUCUCUGUUCUGAAUGGUACUGGAACAGUUUUGGCGUUCCACGCUGAACUAGAAAUCAACGAGACAAAUACUCAGUGCGAAGGAUUUGAUUGCACCGACCCACAUUUGUACAGUACCUAUUUGGCGACCCAUCCUCCUGAAAUGGAAGAAGCGGCUGUAUCUUUAAUAGCAAGUUAUUUGCCGACCACAGACGUGCACGUUCACAUAGUACACGUGUCGGCGGCGGGCGUUGUCCCCAUACUUGAGAAGGCUCGUCUGGAGCGCAUCCACGCCGGGAACAAGGGCUGGCGUGGCGGCGUCACAGCUGAAACUUGCCACCACUACCUCACGCUCAGCUCCGAGCAGAUACCAGCUGGUCACAGCGAAUACAAAUGCUCUCCGCCUAUUAGGAAUAAUACUAACAAGCAACAACUCUGGGAGUACAUUAAGGAACACAGACUAGAUCUGGUCGCAUCGGAUCACUCACCGUCGGUAGCGGCCUUGAAGUCGUCUAACUUUUUGGAGUCAUGGGGUGGAAUAUCGUCCGUUCAAUUCGGUCUAUCCUUGUUCUGGACGCAGGCUAAAGCGAGAGGUUUUAAGUUGGGUGAUGUGAGCCACUACCUGUCUGCCGGCCCGGCGCAGCUGUGCGGCUUGCAGAGCAGAAAGGGAGCCAUCAGGCCAGGCCUUGAUGCCGAUCUCGUAUUCUUUGACCCCAACGCUUCAUUCGUUGUCACGCCUGAUAUCAUAUUCUACAAGAACAAGAUAAGUCCAUACAUGAAUAGAGUAUUAAAUGGAAAAGUUAUUCAGACAUACGUAAGAGGACAACUUGUUUAUGCUGACGGUCAAAUAAUCGGAGGACCUAAAGGACAACUGAUACUUAAAGAUGGUUUUUAGUUAAUAUACACUUAUUUGUGUGAAUGUUGUUAUUGUUUUUAAAAUGUUUUAUAUGUUUUGUUUUUCUAUGUUUAAUAACGUUGUCGCGUGUCAUGUUUAAACUAACAGACAACAAAUAAAAAGAAAACAAACUACAA